AUGGUGAAUGAAAAGAUCAAAAGUACGUUUUGCGUAAUAGGAGCAGGAACGGCAGGACUAUGUGCAGCACGGCAUGCAUUGCAAGCUGGAGGAAAGGUUACUGUCUUCGAGAUGGGUACACAGCUCGGUGGAACAUGGGUGUUUAAUGAAGAAACUGGAAAAAAUGAGUACGGUAUCGAUGUACAUUCAAGUAUGUACAAAGGGCUAAAGACCAAUCUACCCAAAGAGAUCAUGGGCUAUCCGGACUUUCCUAUUCCGGACCAAGAAAGCUCUUACAUUCCUGCUGAAGAUAUGCUGAGCUUUUUCCAACAAUUCGCCGAAUCGUUUGGAAUUUUGGAGCACAUUCGAUUUCGCCACUAUGUAGUAAGGGUAAAACCAACUAUCGACGAAAACGGAUGGGAAGUAAUCGUACGCGAUUGUCCAAACAAUACUUUAUUGACAUAUGUGUUCGAUUUUGUAUUAGUGUGUAAUGGACACUAUCAUACACCGAAUAUACCGAAAUAUCCUGGCACCGCUAUUUAUCAGGGUAAACAAAUGCACAGUCAUGAUUAUCGCAGUAAUGAACCAUUUGAAAACGAAACCGUUCUUGUAAUCGGUGCAGGUCCGUCUGGGAUGGAUAUGGCGUAUGAAAUAUCGAAAACAGCAGUCCGUGUAUCCUUGAGCCAUCACUUGAAAGAUAAACCUCAAACUAAUUUCCCUAAUAAUGUUACAUUAAAGCCAGAUGUGGUGCGUUUAACUGAAACUGGUGUUGUGUUUGCAGACGAUACUAGCGAAAACUUCAGCGUAAUUUGUUACGGCACUGGCUAUAGGUACACAUUUCCAUUUUUAAGUGUUGAUUGUGGCGUUACAGUUGAAGAAAAUUACGUUCAACCACUGUACAAGCACUGCAUUAAUAUCCGUUAUCCAACGAUGGCGUUCAUUGGACUACCUUUCUAUGUGUGUGCGGCACAGAUGAUGGAUUUACAGGCACGAUUUUGCAUCAAAUUUUUUAGUGGUUCUAAAAAGUUGCCCACACAGAAGGAGAUGAGUGCUGAUACGGCAGCUGAGAUGGAAGAGCGUUGGAAACGUGGCUUGAAAAAACGACAAGCUCAUAUGAUGGGUCCGGUAGAAGAUCGCUACUACGACGACUUGGCACAAACCGCAGAAAUUGAACCAAUCAAACCAGUCAUUAAGAAACUGCACAAGAUAAGCGCAAUGCGGUUUUCUGAAGAUUUAGUGAAUUUUCGAAACGAUAAAUUUCGCAUAAUUGACGAUGAAACAUUUCAAAAAGUAAAUUAAG